CCCGCUGCUGCUCCUGCUGAAUGAAGGCCGGCCGGCCCCACGCGGGGUCUUUUUCUUUUCUUUUUUGGGUUUUCCAGGCUUUUCCCCCCAAACGCAGGUCCCGAAUUCCUCUCGGAGGCGCUUCGGAAGAGCUCCGGCGGAUUCAUCGUGGUGGAAGAGCGCCACCUGGCGGCCUUUUGCAUUCCCCGCUCUAGUCUAUUUCUCCGGCGCUUCCAUAUUGGCCUCUCGUUGCCAUGCGCUCAAAAGCCCAAUUGGGCUUCUUCUCAGGGGAUGCCUUCUUUGGGGGGGAAGCCGGAGAGAGAGAGCUCCGAGAGAGCAAGAGACGAUGGAUGGAUGGAUGGAUAGCUUAGAGAGAGAAAGAGAGAGGUUGUUUCCUCCUCCCUGUUUUUAUUUUGUCAGAGGGGAAGUACGGUAACAGAAGCCCUCUCUGCCUCUUUCCCAGAGUAGGGUUAGAGGCCAUUAAAUGGUGACUCAAGCCACAACUGGGCAGGAGGCUAAACACCAAUUUCUGUCUCCCUCCAGGCCUGACCCUGCACGCGGGCCAAGCUUCUGCUGUUAGAGCUGCCUUUUGUUGCUUGUCUCAUAACUCUUGAAAAACAAGCAAAAAACAAUCAAACCAGAGUUGAGGCUGAAACAAACUCCAUGUCUCUCAUCUACAUGUUCUACCCACCACUUACACAGAAAAGAGUUGGAAGUGAUCUUGGAGGUCUUCUAGUCCAACCCCAGAGCUCAACGAGACUACAUCAUUUUAGAUAAGUGACUGACCAGUCUCUUCUCCAGCGCAGUCACAACUUCUGGAGGGAAGCCGUCCCACUGAUUAAUUGUUCUCACAGGAAAUUCCUCCUUAGUUCUAAGUUGCUUCUCUCCUUGAUUAGUUUCCACCCAUUGCUUCUUGUCCUACCCUCAGGGGCUUUGGAGAAUAGCUGGACUCCCUCUUCUUUGGGGCAACCCCUGAGAUAUUGGAAGACUGCUAUCAUGUCUCCCCUAGUCCUUCUUUUCAUUAAACUAGCCAUGCCGAGUUCCUGCAACCGUUCAUGUGUUUUAGCCACCAGUAUCCUAAUCAUCCUAGUUGCUCUUCUCUGCACUCUUUCCAGAGUCUCAACAUCUUUUUUAUAUCGUGGCGACCAAAACUGAAUGCAAUAUUCCAAGUGUGGCCUUACCAAGGCCUUGGUAUUAACACUUCAUCUGUUUAUGCAACCAAGGAUUGCAUUAGCUUUUUUGGCUGCUGCCACACACUGCUGGCUCAUGUUUAAGUGAUCACUCUGGGAGACAACCUUGUUGCCAAACAGCCAAAUAGACAGUUGCAGUCCUUAAAUGCAGCAAUUUGUUUUGAUUGACUUCUUGCAUAAUGUGUCAUUUAUAAAGAAAUUUGGACUGACGAGCAGGUCUGGGGUGAAGUGCGCAGGUUUCCAAGGGCGAAAAGGGUGGUGGGAGGAACAAAGGGGGAAAUGCCAUGUGAAUCUUUUCUUUUAAUGCUGUGCUUCUUGUGGGGCUACCCCUGAGCAUGCAAAGGCUGCAGCUGAUCUAAGCUCGGAUGUUUCUCCUGCCUUCCUUCCCACUGUUGCAUUGGCUGCCUGCAGCCGCUGUUGAAGAUACAGAGAUGAUCCCCUUUGAAAGGCCCUGCAGGGCUCCCUUUGAGGGACCACCCACUCCCGUCUUCACACAAUAGGUCAAGGGUGUCGGCAAAUCAGGUUGUUGGCCGCAAUGAUACAAAGAUCAGCCUUUGAUUGCCGAAAGGUAGCCUCCAUUGUAACCUUGUUUUUCUAUCCUCUGCAGGGUCCCCUGAACUGAAUGGGGCCAAUUCCCUCCAUGUGCCCUUCAUCUGAGAAUGCCAUGGGGGGGGGCGACUCUGGAAGAGGGCAGUCACUGCUCCCCACUUUGCAGCUCCCUCCCCCUGGAGAGCCACUGCGCCUCCUCCCAUCCAGCCCAGGAUGGAGGCUUGCUGGGAACGUUGGAGGUUUCCUGAUCUCCCCAUCCCCGGUGGGUUCCGAUGCCUGGGGGGCAGCCCCGACCUCUCGGAUGCCCAGGGGAGCCCCAAACCCCUCUCCGACCAGGGAGGGUCGCGGCCAAGACGAGCCUCCGCCUCUCGGGAGACCCCCACCCUUGCAGGGGCGGUGGGGAGGGCGACGCUGCCUGCCAGGGGUCCGUCCUUGCCCCCCCUCUCACCCACCGGGAGGCGCGGGGGAGGCGCGCAGUGACGAAGAGCCGGAGCCGCGCAGGAGGGCCGAGCGCGGGGCUGUCGGGGCGGCUGCGGCUUCUGCUUGCGGGCGACGCUUCUGGAGCCCCGGGCGAACAAGCGAGCUCGGAGCGGCGCGGAUCAGCGGCAGGCAAAGCCCGGAGCGCCCGUUGUACCCGUGGGUCGGGCCCUUCCUGGAGACUAUGAGGGUGACGUGCAGCCCCACCAUGUGUUGGACUCUCCUCUUCCUGCUGGCCAUUUUCAUGGAGGGCAUUGUCUGCAAAGGGGGCCGGGGUGGAGCUCGUGGGUCAGCCCGUGGCAGCGCUCGGGGCACCUCCCGGCGGUCCAAGUCUGCCCCCCGUUACCGCUCCUCCGGGACAGCCCUGCGUGUGGCGGCCGCUGCUGCUGCAGGAGGAGCUGCGGCAGCAGCUGCAGCAGCGGGGAUGAGCAUGGGGGGCCCAGACAGCCCCCAGUACGGAGAGAUGCAGCCGAGCAACAACACUGCAGGGAGCACUCACCACCCCGGUCCCUGGCCCCUCCUCUACGUCUCCGCCUCCCUCUGGUGUGUGGCCCUGGUGCCUCGGGCCCUCUGACACUCAGAGCCUCUGCUGAGCAGCCUCUUCCCCUAAGCCUCCCCACAAGUGAACUGGGGGGGG